AUGGUCGUCCUCUUCGACCAAGCGCGCAGCUUCGGGAGGGACGCACAUGGAGCGGCCGGCUCAGACGCCGUGACUCAGGGGCCGACGAGGGCGUCCCGGGAGCGCGAGCUGCUCCGGGCUCAUUUGGCAGCUCGGACCUGGACUGCGCGCCACGCUCCGGGGCCGUUCGCCCUGGCUCCCGCUUCUGCUGUCACCGGGCCUGGGGACCCCGGAGCGCCCGGCUCCCGGGGGCUGCCCACCAGCUGCGAGGAGAGCCGUCGAGGGACCGCGGCGGGAGCGCUCUGCCCGCGGGACCGCACGGAGGCCGCAGGUAACGCAGACUUUGGGGGUUCAGGGGUAUCGUUAGAUCGCAGCCCUGCUGGGUGCCCCGGCGGUUCCCACCCUGAGAUCCAGGGAACCCCGGCAUCAGGGCGUGGGGGUGCGGUGUGUGCUCCGGGGAUCCAGGAGGUAGGGGCUGCCGGCUUCCAGCUGCGGCGCUCCGAGGCUGAGCGCGGGUAG